GAGGCGGGCGUGGGGUCCGCCGGCGGGGCGGAGGGUUGGAGCUGCCGUGGCGCGCGGGGAGAGAAGCGGCCGCGCGCGGGACGCCGAGACAGCGCUGGGAGCAGGCAGCCAGGAUGUUUCUGGAGCACCAGGAAACUAUGCCCCAGACGUCUGUGGUCUUCUCCAGCAUCCUCGGGCCCAGCUGUAGUGGACAGGUGCAGCCCGGCAUGGGGGAGCGAGGAGGUGGGGCCGGCAGCUCCGGGGACCUCGUCUUCCAAGACGGACGUCUCAUCUCCGGGUCCCUGGAGGCCCUGAUGGAGCGCUUAGUCCCCACAGUGGACUAUUACCCCGAUAGGACGUACAUCUUCACGUUUCUCUUGAGCUCCCGGGUCUUCAUCCCCCCUCACGACCUGCUGGGCCGCGUGGGGCAGAUCUGCCUGGAGCAGAGGCAGCAGCUGGAGGCCGGAUCGGAUAAGGCCAGGCUGAAGUCCUUCUCAGCCAAGAUCGUGCAGCUACUGAAGGAGUGGACAGAGGCCUUCCCCUACGACUUCCAGGACGAGAAGGCCAUGGCCGAACUGAAAGCCAUCACCCACCGGGUCACACAGUGUGAUGAGGAGAAUGGCACUGUGAAGAAGGCCAUUGCCCAAAUGACACAGAGCCUGCUGCUGUCCCUGGCUGCCCGGAGCCAGCUUCAGGAGCUGCGUGAGAAGCUCCGCUCACCGGCCAUGGACAAAGGGCCUAUCCUCAAGGCCAAGCCGCCAGCCGCGCAGAAGGACAUCCUGGGCGUGUGCUGUGACCCCCUGGUGUUGGCCCAACAGCUGACUCACAUCGAGCUGGAGAGGGUCAACAGCAUCCACCCUGAGGACCUGAUGCAGAUCGUCAGCCACAUGGACUCUCGGGACAAGCAUAGGUGCCGAGGGGACCUGAUUAAGACCUACAGCCUGGAGGCCUAUGACAACUGGUUCAACUGCCUCAGCAUGCUGGUGGCCACCGAGGUGUGCCGGGUGGUGAAGAAGAAGCAUCGGACUCGCAUGCUGGAGUUCUUCAUCGACGUGGCCCGAGAGUGCUUCAACAUCGGGAACUUCAACUCCAUGAUGGCCAUCAUCUCUGGCAUGAACCUCAGUCCUGUGGCGAGGCUGAAGAAAACCUGGUCCAAAGUCAAGACGGCCAAGUUCGAUGUCUUAGAGCACCACAUGGACCCAUCCAGCAACUUCUGCAACUACCGCACAGCCCUGCAGGGGGCCACACAGAGAUCCCAGAUGGCCAACAGCAGCCGGGAGAAGAUCGUCAUCCCUGUGUUCAACCUCUUCGUUAAGGACAUCUACUUCCUGCACAAAAUCCACACCAACCACCUGCCCAAUGGACACAUUAACUUCAAGAAAUUCUGGGACAUCUCCAGACAGAUCCAUGAGUUCAUGACAUGGACACAGGUAGAGUGUCCCUUUGAGAAGGACAAGAAGAUUCAGAGUUACCUGCUGACGGCUCCCAUCUACAGCGAGGAAGCUCUCUUCAUCGCCUCCUUCGAAAGUGAAGGUCCUGAGAACCACAUGGAAAAGGACAGCUGGAAGACCCUCAGGACCACUCUCCUUAACAGAGCCUGAAGGCACCGAUGCAGCCUGCAGACGCUGGAUUAAGCUAACACCUAUGUACUGAGUUUUAAUCUUGAGUGAUAAUGGGUUGAGAUGAGGCCUCACUGGUUGGGGUCCAUUUUUGUACAUAACUUUUAUGAAAAA